CCAACGUGGAGGAACGGUCUGGGCCGGAGAGGUGGGGAGAGAGAGAGACAGAGAGAGAGAGAGAGAGAGAGAGAGAGAGAGAGAGAGAGCGCGGAGCGGAGGAGAUUCAUCUUUUCUUUCUUCUGUCCAUCCGGGGUUUAUCCCGCUCUCAUGGCUAAUUCGCUGUCCGCCGUUUUGUCCUGUGUGCUGUUCGUGUCUUUCUUCGGCCGCUCUGCGCACGCGCGCAGCGAUGUCGUCGAACUGCGAGACGCUGACUUCGACUAUGCGGCCGCCGAGCACGAGACCCUGCUGGUGAAGUUUUACGCGCCCUGGUGUGGCCACUGUAAGAAACUUGCUCCCGAGUUUGAAACUGCUGCCAAGCGACUGAAAGGAAUAGUAACUUUAGCCAAGGUGGACUGUACGACUAACACAGAGGUUUGUGGGCGUUUUGGGGUAAACGGAUACCCCACUCUCAAAAUCUUUAGGAACGGAGAGGAGUCAUCAUCAUAUGAUGGUCCACGUUCAGCAGAUGGAAUCGUGGAUUAUAUGAAGAAGCAGGCAGGCCCAGAUUCUGUGUCUCUACACAAUGAAAAAGACCUAGAGACCUUCAUCAACCACUUUGAUGCUAGUGUGGUUGGUGUGUUUGAGAGCAGUGAUAGCCCUCAGCUGGUGGAGUUUCUAAAAGGAGCCAAUCUGAUGAGGGACAAAUUCCGCUUUGCGCACACCACUGACCUCCAGCUGGGCCUCAGAUAUGACCUCCCAUCUGAGGGUGUGCUGUUGUUCAGGCCUCCCCGGCUGGCCAGCAUGUUUGAGGAGAGCGUGGUACCACACAGAGGCCCUUUCUCCGUCACUGCCCUGCGCCGCUUCAUCAGAGACAACAUUUAUGGAAUCUGCCCACACAUGACCAAAGAGAAUAACGAUCAGCUGCGGAAGAGGGACCUGCUGACGGCGUAUUAUGACCUGGAUUACCUGCACAACCCCAAAGGCUCCAACUACUGGAGAAACAGGGUGAUGAAGGUGGCAUCUCAGUACAGUUCUCGUGGCCUGCUCUUCUCUGUGGCUAAUCGGAAAGACUUUGAGGAUGAGCUGGAAGAAGACUAUGGGUUGGGAACAUCAGAAGGCAGCGAGGUUCCAUUUGUCACCAUCAGGAAUCGAGCAGGACACAAAUACAGCAUGCGCGAGGAGUUCACGCGAGAUGGAAAGUCUUUGGAGAGGUUUUUGGAGGAUUACUUUGCUGACAGAUUGAAACGUUAUAUCAAAUCUGAGCCUGUACCUGCAAACAACAAUGGACCAGUCAAGGUGGUUGUAGCAGAUACGUUUGAAGAAAUAGUGAAUGACCCAGAAAAAGAUGUGCUGAUUGAGUUUUAUGCCCCGUGGUGUGGCCACUGCAAGAAGCUAGAGCCCAAAUAUACAGAACUCGGACAGGAGCUUUCCGGUGAUCCCAGUAUCGUUAUUGCCAAGAUGGACGCCACUGCCAACGAUGUACCACUAGGCUAUGAUGUACAAGGCUUUCCCACAAUAUACUUUGUUCCUGCUGGGAGGAAAGAUGAACCAAAGCGAUAUGAGGGACCCCGUGAAGUGAAGGACUUUAUCAGCUUUUUGAAACGAGAAGCUACCAGCUCACUAGUGCUUAACGGAGUGAAAGAAGAACUGUGAAGUGCUAGGAAGGGGAGGAUGCUGGGAAAUGCAGUUCAUUACACAGGUUUCAUUUGUUUGGUUCUGCUGAAAUACAGGUCACUGGGGACCUCCAGAAACUCAGCCACACAUAUCAUUCAUUCGAAAAGAUCCCAUUGGAGUAGUGAUGUUUUCCAUUUCUUUUGACCUCUGAGAAUGAUCAGGGACCCUUUAUCGAUUCGUAAGGCUACAUAAAGCUGACAUAAACCUACACCAACGUUUAUAAAGACUCACUCCAACAAGGCUCAGUUGUCAUAAAGGCUGCCUUUGUCGAUUCUGGUGUCAUUAUAUCUACUGAGGCAACUGGUGGUUGUUGGAAUAAGCCUUUAUAAAUGUCUACAUAGUUUUGAAAAGGCUUAGCCUUAUGAACACUGCCCUUCAGUAAAGCUAUUGAAGAAUCAGUUCUUUCAGCAAGUCACCAGAACAAGCCCUGCAGAUGGACUAGCAGAGGUGCAUCAUUAAUUAUUUACCAGGGUCGUCAAAAAGCAAAAGCCAGUCUCCUCCGCUCUGAAGCUGUGACCUUUAUAUUCAUGUUAAAUACAUUAAAUUAUGUUAGAUACAUUUGAGAAAACUCUUCUCCUAGUUGAACUGUGGAGGGUCCUGGGGCCUUAAGCUGUGCACUACUGUUACAUGCGCUGAUGCUCUGUUUCGCCUUUUCUCCGUCUCUCUUACACCAUAUACUGCAUUCCUUUAUCUUCUCGUACUCCAUUAUUACUCCUGAUUGAUGCUCGUCCAUCAGUCGCGCUUUGAGGGAGCUCACUUGCACGUUCAGUUCUUUUUAUCCCAGGCUAACACUGUGUCAUUAUUGCUUAAAUCUGCUUUUCUCAUUAAAUUGACCAUGUUUAUCACCCCUGCCUGACCCUAAUAUUUUUACUGGUAAAUGCAUGGAUUGCUCAUUUUCAAGUAAUUGUAUGGGGUAAAAAAAUCCUUAUAAUUUUUGGCUUUUUUAGUGGGGAAAAUGUUGCUUUUUUCCAGUUUCAGGUUCCAUUUCUCAAAGGUGAAGGAGCUGGUGAGCUUUAUAUGUUGGAAACUUGGCCAUGAUUUUAUUGGACAUGGACAUUUGGUCUUGGACAUUUCGCUGCUGUUGGAACAAAACCUUAUAUCUCCAAAAUGGUAACUUUACAGGAGAAGGAAAAAGCAUGCAUUGCUUUUAAUGUAAGUCAAUGGAACCAGACGUUUUUCCAAUCGUUUUUGGUCAUUUCAUUUGGUCCAUUCAUCAUGAAUUUACAUACAAGGUGAAGGGCAACAGACAUUCAAAUUAUGUCAAAAAUUUUAAAAAAUGACAAAAAUGGAGAUACAAGGUUUUGUUCCGACAGCAGCAAUUUAUUUAUUAUUAUGUGGUUAUUUAGGGAUUUAUGAACCAGGACGGGCACAUUAACAAUGCCAUGGAGGGCCAAAGAACAGCACUGUUUACCAGGUUUCUGCUCCAGCCCGCUGUGAAAGGACUUGGUCUUCUAGCACCAGGAGAGAAUAACACUGCUUUGUUGUUUUCUUUUGCUUUGUUUGCCAUGUAAGUGUAACCAUAACCAUUAAACUGACUUUUAUAAUGGUUUAAA